GUGAAAGGAAGAGUCUGUUGAUGUUUGAUCCACUGAAUCAACAGCUGAUAAGUUACAAGGAUAAUGCACAUGAAGAUUGUGUCAAUUUUGUCAGGUACAAAAACAUUUACAGUAACAGCAUUAACAUUUGCCCCACACCAUACGUCAGUAAAAUUUAAAUUGAACCAGAAAAAUUUUGUAAAUGUGUUCAGUUACACUGCGCAGGAAGUUGAUUAUGUAUUCGACUUUGAUUCCCUUAGGGUUUGUAAUCUUAGAAAGGUUUUGGCACAGACUGCAACUAAUUAGAGCUUUGCUUUAGUUUGUGUGUUAAUCUUUCUAUUUCUGUUUGUUUUCAAGAAAACGUGAUCAAGAUUAAGGCUCCUAAGUAGUUAAUAAGUGAGUUAUUUUGAGCCUUUGUGUAAAUUUGAAAAGUUAGUGAAAUAUCUCAAUCCAGUACCAAGUUAACAAGUAGCAUUGAUUAUUACCUGCAACGGUCUAUCACACCACAUCCAGCAGAAUUGGCAUAAUUUGACUGUCACUACUAGUACUUCUUGCAUAACUCGUAUAUACUUCUGUAAUAAGUAUGAGUAUUAUAUCAUUUCUAUGUAUGAGCCAGCAUGAUGUGAAUUAUUCAGGUGAGAAAAGUUAUUUGAAACCGUAACAAAUAAUUUAUGUGAUAGAAUUUGCAUUCUUAUCUUUUGUAUUCUUUAAAAUUGCAAAAAAUUUUCCAGAAAAAUAAAUUUGAAAAAGAUGGUAAUUAUUUAGUGAGAAAUGACUAAAUAUAGGAACAGUAGGACUACAUUACAGGUAUCUUAUAAUUACAAGCAUGCUAGUAAAAUUUUUAAAGGAUAAGCAGAUGUUCCAGACAAAGGAAUAUUGAUAGUAGGAUUUCACCUUCUUAAGUAUGCAUGGUGAUGGAGCUAUGAUGAGGUGUUUGCCACAUGCUGGUAUUUUUAACUUUCCAAGGUUUCUGGACAACCGUACCUUUGCGACAUGUUCUGAUGACACCACCAUAGCUCUGUGGGACACUCGCUACCUCAAAAAUAAAGUCAGAACUCUCAGAGGCCACUCUAAUUGGGUGAAAAAUAUAGAAUAUGCAAGUGAUCAGGGAUUGCUGGUUACCUCUGGAUUUGAUGGUAGCAUCUAUACCUGGGACAUCAAUAAAUACUCAGAGAGUGCUGUAGAGUACCAGAGGGUCUUUCACACCAGCUCUUUAAUGAGGUCCAGACUGACUCCUGAUGGCACCAAACUGGUCAUAGCCACAGCCGGGGGAUACCUCAUGGUCAUCCACGACCUAGAUCUGACCACUCUGGCCUCGGACCUACGUGGUUUUAAGCCCAACAUGUACCGGCUGAUGCAGAUGAGUCGUUCCCCAAUUCGACAAGGGUAUAUGUAUAACCGUGUGUUUGAGGGGGAGAGGAAUAGGGUAGAGCUGAUCAGUGACUUCCCUGAGGGAGAUGAUGCAGAGAUGAUUUCUUCAUUACAGAUUCAUCCUCAGGGUUGGUGUGCUCUUUCCAGAAACAGCAGUGGGGAUGAAAAUUCUGAGUGGAGCUGCAUCCAUGAUAUCCAAGACAAGGAUCAGGAGAAGUUCAGGGAGGAGGAGGAGGAGAGGGAGGAGAACCAGUCCCAUGAUGGGGGAGAUAGCAAUGACGGGGAAGAAGAGGAUGAAACAGAGGGGUUAAUAAGUGCAAGAACUCACAGGUCGUCCAUGACUGUCACAUUGCCUGGUGCUACAUCAUCGAGUAGAGCGGAGAAUCCACGGUCAUCCAGUCCAUCGUUUAUGCUGUCCAUCAGUGUUGACAAUUCAAACUUGCCAUAUUCUCAGCAAUUUGGAAGCGAUUCAUCAGAUCAACCUGGACGUAGCCCGGGAUGGAGGCCUGAUGAGGAAGAAGAUGAAGAUGCUCCAUCUGGCGAAAAUGCUCAAGCGUCACAACAGGAACAAGAGAACUCAGCCCACCUUGCUCAGGAGGAGGGAGAGGAAAUACCCCUUCCAUUUACAGGUGUCUAUCUAAGAAGAGGUGCUCAGAGACGCAGACUUACUAGGUCCCCUGCUUUUUCUAGUGGGUUGUCUGCCCUUGCCACUGGGGAAGAUGCAGUCGCUAAUGAUCUGUAUCAGAUGACACGUUCUGCUGGAACUUCAGGGCUACAGAAUUCACACAGUGCCAGUUCUAACAUUGUGUCUCCGACACCAAGAGAUGUAAGUUUGAGUUCAAGUUAUUUAGAAAGACAAAAUACAGAAAGGGGUAGUCUGUCCGUUAGACCCGAGACGACAACAGGAGCAGAAGCAGCUGGACAUCCUGCUUCAACAUCUGGUGGGCGCUCUCUUAGAAAUAGAAACUUUUCUGACUCAAGAACAACUGAAGCUAACAACACAGGUGUGUUUCCACUGCCAUCUACCUCCAGUAAUGCGAGUGAUGAAUCAAGGGAGGUGCAAAAUGAUAAUGACACAGGUCAUAACGACAGUGACGAUCAUGACGAACCAUCUACUUCAACUGGUGUGAGAUGGCGCCACCAGUCAAGAAACUCUCCACAUUACACAGAAUCUGUGACAUUCGUUAUUCGCUCAGGAGCCCAACAUAUUGAAAGAACUCUUCUGUUUCUUGGCGGUAAGAAAAAUAAAGCAUCUGUCAAUACUCCAGAAAUUCACCAAAAUAUUCCACGCUUGACCCACUUCAAAGAGGAGCCUGCUGUGGGCAGGGGCUUCAUCAAAGAACUUUGUUUCAGCUCGGACGGUCGUAUAAUUUGUUCUCCAUACAGUUUUGGGAUCCGACUACUUGCCUUUAAUGACCACUGCAGUGAGAUGUGUGACACAGUGCCCACAAGCCCCAUGCAGCUGUAUGAAGUUAAAGCCAAUAUUAGCCAUAGCAAUAUUGUUGUCUCAACAAAAUUUUCACCAACUCACCACUUGUUGGUUUCAGGGUGCUUGAAUGGAAGAAUUUGCUUUCAUCAGCCUAGAUUUUAAAUUUUCUGAUGUCGCACUUUAGUAUAUAUUGUGUAUUAACUUUUUUUAUGAUAUGAUAUACUGGGUAUAGUAUAAACAUGUACCCUUACAUGAUAACAUAUUAUUUUCUAUAUUACUUCUUACUGAUUAAAUGUUGUCAAUAUUUAUUUUAAAGAUCAAGGGUUUUUUACAUGAAUAACCAUCUUAUCAGAUGUGGAAAUUAAGAUAUCCAAACCAUUGUUUCACAUUCAGAUGUGACAUAUUUGAUUGCUUACUAGAGUAAAAAUUCCCCUUGGUGUAUGCAGUCAAUAUUUUCGACGAACAUCACAUAUGGACAUUUGAAACUACUACAUUGUAGUAUUCUUUUGUAAUGUUGUGUUGUUGUUGUAACGAAAGUAUACAAACAACUCUUAGCUACAGAAUAACUUUGUGGGCUCAUAAAACAUAGGGUAGCAGUAGGCACCAUGUGUCACAGGUAUUGAUGUACGUUUUGAUAGAAACUGGUGAGGAAUCCUUCACCAGUUUUUUUUUUUUUUUUAGAUACAAAUGUUGAUAUAGAUCUACAUAUCAAAGGGAUAUGCUUGAGUUAAAAUAUUUUUUUUACUCCCCCCAACUCGCUUCCAAUACCGUGAUACGGGAUGCCUUCGCUUAAGUUAAGACUGUGACCUGCCUGAUUCGGCGAAUUUUAUUCUGGGAUAUUAACGCCAACUAGUGAUCUGGUAGAAAUAAGGAAAAGCCUGCAUACUAGUACGGUCGCAACAGGCAUGAAACAAAUUGCCGACUUCUGUUCACUCAGUAACGCUUGUGGAAAAUUUAUUAACAUCUAACCUGGUACUAACAAAUUCGCUAACGCAAGCAUAGUCUUUAAGAGAAGCAUUAUAGAAUAAUUUUAAAAUGUAUCUUGUAUCAAAGUAUCAUGCAUGUACAGGUAACAAGGGUAUAGUACAACUACAUUGUUAUUAUGAUAUUGUUUUGCAUAAUACAAGUAGAAAGAUUAGACGCGAAAUACAGAUAAACUACAUACAGUUUGCACUGGGACCAAAUUUAUACCGGGUCCUUGGGUUCGCCUGUAUAUAUUUGCCAUUUGUCGCUUCUUUUAUAUAAUGAUGUGUUUUUUGUUUUCUCAAUGUUCACGUUAAAUAAACAAAAGGUUAUCUCA